AUCAGAUUCAUCAGGAGCAUGAAAGCUGCAAAUCAAACAGCUGUUUCAGAAUUUUUUCUCCUGGGGCUGACAGAUGAUCCAGAACUGCUCCUCCUCAUCUUCUACCUGUUCCUGGCCAUGUACCUGGUCACUGUGCUCGGAAAUCUGCUCAUCAUCCUGGCAAUCAGCUCUGAUUCCAACCUCCACACCCCCAUGUACUUCUUCCUCUCCAACCUGUCCUUUAGUGACAUCUGUUUAGUCUCAUGCACCAUCCCGAAGAUGCUGGUGAACAUAGGAGCACAGGAUCAGAGCACCUCCUACACAGGCUGCCUCUCCCAGAUCUUCUCUGUCUUAGUUUUUGGUGGUUUAGAAAAUUGUCUCCUUGCAGUGAUGGCCUAUGACCGCUAUGUGGCCAUUUGUCACCCACUGAGGUACACAGUCAUCAUGAACCCUCAAUUCUGUGUCCUGUUGUUUUUUCUCUCCCUGUUUAUUAGCACUGUGCAUGCCAUGCUCCACACUCUGAUGGCACUGAGGCUGUCUUUUUGCACAGACCUGGAAAUCCCUCACUUCUUCUGUGAACUUGCUCAGAUCAUCAAGCUCUCCUGUUCCAAUACCCUCAGCAAUAACAUGCUAGUGUAUUCGAUGGCAGGCUUAUUUGCUGGUGUUCCUGUCUUUGGAAUCAUUUUCUCCUAUAUGCACAUUGUGUCCUCUGUCUUGAGGAUGUCAUCAAGAGGAAAGUAUAAAGCUUUUUCCACCUGUGGGUCUCAUCUCUCUGUAGUUUCAUUGUUCUAUGGGACAGGUGUGGGGGUCUACAUCAGCUCUGUAGUUACAGAUUCACCAAGGAAGAGAGCAGUGGCUUCAGUGAUGUAUUCCGUGGCCACUCAGAUACUGAAUCCCUUUAUCUAUGCUUUGAGGAACAGAGAUAUGAAGGAAGCUUUGAGGAGACUCAGUGGUAUUUUACUUUCUUUUUUGUCAUGUGGUAUUUGUUUUAGAUUCAGGUUUCCAGAGCAAGUCAAAGUAACAGGAUUUGGUGGGAGUUAG